UCAAAAUGGCUACCUACAUGAACAUCGAGAGGGUGAAAUACAUGUGUUCUUGUGAUAAAUGGACAGCUUUUAGUUUACUUUACUUUUGUAAACACUGCCUGAAAUUACGGUGUAGUAAAUGUGUCACCCAUGAGGUUGACAACCAUUAUUGCCCCAAUUGUUUAGAAAACAUGCCAUCAACAGAAGCAAUGCUAAAGAAAAACAGGUGUUCAAGCUGCUUUGACUGCCCUUGCUGUCAGCAUACGUUGUCCACGCGUGCUACGACACUACUCGUCGGAGCGACUAGCCCAACAAGUCCUGAUUCCUCUGCAUCACAGCCAAGUGGUGCCGCCGAGGAAGCACCUCCUGCUACGCCGAAGAAAGUUUACUAUCUGGCAUGUGGGUUUUGUCGCUGGACAUCGCGAGAUGGAGGUCUACAGGAUCAACCUGUUGCUUCAGGUGGCUGGAACGAAGAAGAAAACCCGCAUAAUCAGCAGAUCAGCAAUUUGGUAGAAUAUUACCAGCAGAUGGCACUAGUAGAGCAGGUAGAGAGGGACCGGAAGCGUACACCAUCCAGGAGGAGGGCCCUUCUGCAGCAUGCGGACAAAUAUGGUCUAACAUCUGUUGUGGCUAGGCACAGGGCUGGCCUCUCCCCUCACUCUCCUAGCAGCUUGAAGAAAGGCGAGGAUGCAAAGUUAGUUGAACUUGAGGCUAGUGAAGCUUCCGAUGACAUAGCACUACUCAGUGAAGAUUAUUACAACAAACCGGUCAACCUCAAUGAAGUCUGUACGAUAGGUCAGUCUAUUAGUCAGCCUGAGCUGCAGUGGGACACCACUUCCAAACUGAAGCCACACCGUAAGACCCUGCUGGUGAAGCGCUCUAAGCGAUGCAGGGAGUGCGAGCACAAUCUCAUCAAGCCAGACUUCAGUCCCUCUUCCAUCAAGUUCAAAAUCCAGCUGAUAGCCAUAUAUCUGGUACCGGAAAUCAGAGUGGUGCCUGGAGUACAACUCCACCCGAAGAAGGAGAGCAGAGUUAUUUUAACGUUGUCUAACCCUAGUCAAUAUGAGAUGCACGUCAUUGUUUUGCCCAGCGAAUUGCCAGAAGAUGUUGGAAAUUGCAAGGUGGUGCUGCCGAAGACUGAGCUGGUGCUUGCAGCUAAGGACGAGACAGCAGAGUUUGAUGAUGCGGGAGAGCCACCUCGCGACUACAAGGACGAUCCACAGGUGGUAGUGUUCCGUAAAGCAAACAAGCUGGGGUUUGUUGUGAAAAUUACUCCAAAUGAAUCUGCAAAAGAAGCAUGGGUGUCAUUCAUGAUCAAGUACGACUACAGACAGGUGGCACUGGAAGCAGAGGCCCCACAACCAACCUGGCUACACCAGCAUGUUGCUUGCAGGAUCGGCUAGACUGGGUUGUGCUAGAGGGCGCCACAAAGACUGCACGUGCAAACAGAUUUUUUGCCGCAAAUUCCAGUGCGGCGUGUGGCUAGAUAGCGUCUGCAAUGUGGUAUCAUCUGCGCAUGUUUAGUGUGACGUCUCUGCUACGUGGCCGCACGUAGUGGUGGUACACCUGUUACACCUGCUGGGGUUAAACUGCUAGUAACAGUCAUCGAUUGGCUGGUUAAAUUUGCUGUGAUAUUAGAUCUCACAAAGCAACAACAGCAAAUGUUCAGUUCUGCUAUUGAGGCCAGGUUCAGUGUGAAACACAAUGCACCGUUGUGCCUCUCAGGCUCUCAGUUUAAAACGAAGUUAAGCCUUUUCAUGUGCUAAACUAUAAUCUUAGUAUGCAAAUCUAGCCGAUCGUUGUAUGUCCUACUGUGUGCGUUGGUGGUUGUGAAUGGUGGCAAAUUUGUAUGUAACAAUAUACAUCUAUUAUUAUGAAGCUUGAGAUGUGCACAGAAUAUUUGCUAAUAGUAUACAUAUUAGUUGCAUAUUACAGGAUGACCAGGUGUGUCCAGCAUGUUGCCUCAACCUAUUACAGUAUAGCACUAUUUAUAUAGCUUUGCAAGCACUAGUCAGGUGGACGAAAAUUAAUUUUCAAGAUUAACCCAGUAUAAUGACAGGGUAACAUGUAAGAAGCUUUUAUUGUUGACACAAGUAUAGCCAAGAUUGCAAGUAAAAUUGUUCAGACCCUCAUAUCCAGACAUGUGUAUCUAUCAAUUCACAUAUGUCCCAGCUUUCCUCAGCAUAUAUAUAACAGCUGCAUGCUAUAGGUAGUUUGGACCACGCAUGAUGCAAGGCUGACAUUGAUAUAGGUAUAGAAUAAACUCUGUAUAUCAAGUAAUAUUUUAAUUAGCUUAAUUCAGGAAUGCUCUGUCAGUCACAUGAUAACUAUGGUGUUUAUGAACGUAUUGACUCGAAAGUAAGGCAAACGCAAAUGUAAUGCAUACUAAAAUGUGCACCUAAUGUAUACAACAGGUGUGGUUUAUUCCUGUACUUUAUUUAUUAUUCAUUAUAAAAUAAAUACUUGGUUUUGCAAUGGA